AUGCAGUGGACGUCUAAGAAACUUGAGGCAAAGGACACUACUUUCAAUCCUGACAAUAUUGGUGAUAUCGACUUCAGUAGUGAAGAUCUUGAACAGGAAUUACUUGACUUAUUGAAUGAUGAUCCAACCCUUGAGAUUUCUAAUAAAUCAUCGUCUUUGGAUCAGGAUGGAAAAAACUGUGAUAAAGACGAUGAAUUGUUACUUGCCGAACUAGUAAAAUCAAUGGAAAGUGGGAAAUCACCUGUAUCGAAUAGAGCUAAUAAGAUGGAUGAAUUAGAAAUCAAUGAAGAAGAUAUUUUUGGCAAUCACAAGGCAAGUACUGGUAGUACUUCCAAGCUGCCUCAUCAAACACCGGGGUUCGAAGAAUGUAAUUUAGGAUCGUCAUUGCUGAGUUCUUCAAGAAACAGUGGUCUGACAACGAAUUCAAAGAACGGAACAAAUUGUGAUAAGGACGAUGAAUUGUUACUUGCCGAACUAGUAAAAUCAAUGGAAAGUGGGAAAUCACCUGUAUCGAAUAGAGCUAAUAAGAUGGAUGAAUUAGAAUUCAACGAAGGAGGUAUUUUUGGUGAUCAUAAAAUAAGUACCAGUAAUACAUCCGACUGUGGCUCAACGACAAGUCCAAAGGUACCUUCAAAUUAUAAUGCUUUGGGAAAUAGUUCAGGAAGUACUUCAAAACCGACUGCCGCUAAUGUAAAACCUAAUGUUCGUCAAGCUGUAUUGGAUUAUAUCAAUCCAAAGACUUCUAAUUCUGGUUUAGAUUUAUUGAAAAAUCGUCAUAAAGAAUACAAAUUAGCUGCUUUGAAAGCUCGUGAUACAGGCCAACUAGGGAAAGCAAAAGAAUUAUUGGAAGCAUCAAAGUGUAUUGGAGAAGCUAUCGUGAAUAUAGAAGCUGGCAAAGAAACAUUCGAUCCAGAGACAGACUUACCUCCUCCGCCAUCGGAGUAUGAAUUCUCUAAUGAGGGGGAUCCAAACAAUGAAACUGUGAUUGCUCAGCCACCACCUUCAUCUCAGCCUGUAAAAUCGACUGUACCAGAUAUUAUGAAAACAUCUAUUGUUUGCACAGAAAACAUCUUAGCUCGUAUAACCUACUAUAAAGAAAAAUUAAAGGAAAUAACCAACGAUGACUCAAAGAAACGUCGUUACAAUCGUAUUCUCACACGGUAUGAUGAAGGACUGAGAGCUUGUGAACAUGGAGUUACUUCGUUUGAAUUUGAAGAGUUGGUCCCACCUCCAGGUUAUCCUCCACUUACUGAUCGUUCUAAAUUAAGUAAAAAUGUAAAACUAUCUAGCAAUGAUCCAAAAACAACUCUUGCAAAACCUAGCUCUGGACAUCCAAUAAAAAAUAAAACGGAAGCAAUUGUUGAACUAUUAACUAAACGCCAAGAUGAGUUGAAACAAGCCGCUAAAGCUGCAAAACAGUCUGGUAAUAUUGAAUUGGCUAAAACGUACAUACGAUCAGUUCUUGGAAUGAAUCAAAUGAUACAAGCUGCUGAAGCUGGCUUACCAAUAGAUUUAACUCAGUUACCACGGCCACCUGCACUUACGGAUUCUAAUCCAUCUAGACCUAUAUUAAGUGGAUUAAAAUGUGAUCCACCUGUAAAGUAUGCCGUUGCUUUUAAUUCUUUAUCAGGUGAUCAAUUAUUUAAAACAUACUCAGAAAUUUUAUCAGAACAAGAACAACUAAUUAACAAUUUAAUAAAUCAACACCGUCGUAACGGUGGUGCUAAUGCACAAUCAAUAUUAUCGAAAUUGUCUGAUUUACUUAGUGUAAAUACGUGUAUCAAGAAAUUAUUAUCUAAAUACAAUCAACAUGUAUCUAAUUUGACCGCAUAUUUUGAAUAUGCCAAUUUGCCUAAAUGUAAUUUGAAUGCUGAUUUAGCGGAUGAUAUACUUGAAGUUAGUAAUAUUCAUGGUAUAGCUUAUCCACUUCCAUCACAUUAUUCAAAUAUUGAUACUUAUGUUGAAGUUGAAUUCAGUUUAAAUAAUGCCAAUCCACCAAUGAAGUUAUCUACAAGUGUAGUUAAAUCAAGUAUCGAACCAAUAUAUAGUCAAUCAGUUAAAGAAUUUCGUGUAAAUACAAAAAGUCAUUCAUAUAGACGAUUUGUUCAGAAUAAUCGUUGUCUAAAAGCAACAGUAUACUACAAUCGUGGUAUAUUUCGAAGCUGGGGUGUACUAGGUAUAACUGAAAUCCCUCUUACUGGACUUGUCCAAUCGGCAACCGUAACUCAUGUUGGUGAUUUGAAAGAAGGUCGUAAAGUAGUAGGGGGUCGUCUGCAAGUACAGUUAAGACAACGUGAAUCACUUAGUGGAGAAACUGUUGUUUAUCAACAACAGCCUUGGCUUUUAUUAUCUGCACCGAAACAGAUUAAUGAGUCAUCUAAACUUAUUGAAAUCGAAAAUUCAAAAAAUAGUCCCAUUUCAUCAUCUUCCUUGUCUACACCAAAACAAACUAAUUCACCUAGAUCUAUCAGAAUUGAACAUGCGAAGAAUAAUCCUGUUUCUUAUUCUUCUUCUGUCUCUACAAAAGCAACUAAUUCUGUUUCACCGUCAUCAUCUCGUAUUGUUAUUGUAAGAAAUACAGAUAAUUCUUAA